CACAGCCUGGUAUGCAUUUCCUUCGGUAUGCACUACGAAUCCAUUAUUUAAAUAUCUCCCUUUACGUCAUGAACGAUGGAGAAACAUAUCCACGUCCUCUUUCCGCGGUAGAUUCUUCUCUGUGUACUUUGAAAUCAAUGGGGCAUAUUAAAAGAAAAACACUUAUAAACGAGAACAAGAGCAUCAUUUUGUAACUUGACAGUAAUGGAAACUUCAGAUACUCUGAACCAACAUUUGCUGAACGUCUCUUGCUUUGUAGAUGAUGGAGGGAAGAGUGAGGAGGGAGAGCAACUUUCUGUUGACCAGAUUCUGGACAAAUAUGUGGGUGCUUUUGGAAAAGCCCAGCUGGUUCAUGUCCUCAUUGUGUCUCUGGGAUGGGCUUUUGAUUCCAUGCAUACUCUUAUUGCAGUCUUUGCAGAUGCUCAGCCAUCUUGGCAAUGUCUGACUCUGAACUCUAAGGCUUUAUAUUCUAGCAAGAAUGUCACAGUUACCCUGCCUCCACGGUGGUGUACUCCUCAAUCAGAUAUCUGUGAAAUGGAUCCAAGUGUUUGGGAAUGGGUUGAUGGCAAUGGAGCCUCUGUGGUCUCCCAAUGGGAUCUCAUUUGUCACAACAAGUUCAAGGCUGGCAUCCCUGCUUCUCUUUUCUUCAUUGGGUGCAUUUUAGGUGCAGGGAUACUUGGAUCUCUGGCAGACACAUGUCUAGGCCGAAAAAGAACCCUAAUUCUCUCAUGUCUAAUAAUGUCAGUCUCUGGCUUCUUAACAGCUCUCUCCCCCAACAUCUGGAUAUACUCUUCUCUCAGACUUAUCAGUGGUUUUGGGCGAGCAGGAGUAGGCAUAUGCAGUCUAGUGCUAUCCACUGAAUUAGUGGGUCACAAAUGGAGAGGACAGAUUGGCCUCUAUGGUUUCCUCUUCUUUUCUGCAGGUUUUGCUUCCCUUCCAACCAUUGCAUACAUGACAAAAUCCAGCUGGAGAACAACAUACAUCUUCAUUUCUUCUCUAUCCAUGGCAUACUGCUGCCUCUUUCUUCCUUUCAUACAGGAGUCCCCCAGGUGGCUAAUAAUCAGAAAACAGGAGGCAGAGGCUCUAAAAAUCCUUAGAAAAAUGGCCACAAGGAAUAACAACCAUUUACCUCAGAAUGUGGGGAUUUCUGUUACAGCAAAUCAGGAUAUAAGCAGAACCAAAAGUAUGAAAAGUAUAUUAGUUGUCCCAUGGGCUCGUAGGAGAAUGGCAGUUUUAAUGGCGGUAGGAGCUGGGACUGGUGUAGUCUACUAUGGCAUGCCAUUAAACAUUGGAAACCUUAACUUCAACCCAUAUAUCAACACAACACUGAAUGCACUGAUGGAGGUUCCAGCCAUAGCUGUGGGAACAUUACUUCUUCCUAUAACUGAUCGAAGAAUACUGAUCUCUGUUUCUGCUGGUAUUUGUGCCCUGUGUUGCAUUAUUUGUAGCUUUGUGUCGAGUGGACUGAUGCAGAUUAUUGCAGAACUGACUGGGUUUUUAGCAGUGUGCAUCACUUUCGACGUUGUGUAUGUUUUUAGUUUGGAAUUGUUUGCCACUGAUGUGAGAACCAUAGCAGUGGCGAUGCUCAGGCAGGCUGUAAUGGCAGGAGCUGCCAUGGCCCCUUUGGCUGUUGUGGGUGGAAGGACUCAUUCUUUCUUGUCAUUUCUUGUGUUUGGAGGCUUCGCAGUAUUGAGUGCUCUGUUUACUCUGAUUCUUCCUGAGACUAGAAAUCGUCCCCUGUGUGAGACCAUGGAAGAACAGGGAGAUGAACAAGCGGGAGGACCGAGAAAAUCGCUCUUAAAUACUACUACACUUACCUAAAGCGAAUGAGCCUUAAACCCCACACUAAGCAACAUAUUAAGUCUAGAGAAUGUCAGUCAAUUUUGAGUGUUUACCACAUUUAAGUCUAAAUGUCAAAGCUUAAUGUAUGAUUUAAGACAUUGUAAGUGUAAUAAAAUAGAAAGUUUGGCAAAUUUGAUUGGA